GCAGCUUUUUGUCACUUUAACCGACAGACAAACAUAGAUAAACACAUGUGUAUGUUAAUCUGUUGCACCCGGAGCUGAAACAUCACUUAUAGCUCUGUUUGUCUUUUCCUGUUAACGCCCUAUUGGCUAUUUAGCUGGCUAGCUGUUACCCACGAGGUUAAAUUAAGUUAAAUUAAAGCUGCUUUCACUAAUAAUGAGACCUAACUGAGUGUUUAAACAGGUAGUUUUGGUCCACACGCAGCAGGAUGAGAGCUUUUCUUGGUGGUAAAACUCAGCAGUUAGUUAGCAGGGUCUUAUUUCACCCUGGCAGACCUUCAGCAGCAGUGCGAUGGCGAGCAGCUCAAGUCAGACUCUUGUGCAGCUCUUCGUCAGACGAUGAAAAGCACCGACCCUCCAUGCUGAGACACCUGACCUCCAAAAUAAAAGCCACAGGUCCGAUAACGGUGGCCGAGUACAUGAGGGAGGUGCUCACCAACCCUGUGACGGGUUAUUAUGUGAAGAACGACAUGCUGGGGCCCGACGGAGAUUUCAUCACAUCACCAGAAAUCAGUCAGAUCUUUGGAGAGCUGCUCGGUGUUUGGAUCAUCAGUGAGUGGAUGGGAGCCGGCGGACCCAAACAGCUGCAGCUGGUCGAGCUCGGACCUGGAAAAGGAUCGCUGGCCGCUGACAUCCUCCGAGUAUUCAAUCAGCUGAAGUCGGUGCUUGGCGUCGCCUCGGUGUCUCUCCACCUGGUCGAGGUGAGUCCGGCUCUGAGUCGUAUCCAGGCUCAGAAUCUGACCGGGACCCAAAACCAGGAGGCGGACAGCGAGGACGAGCCGGUUUACCGUCGCGGGGAAACGUCCACCGGGCUGGACGUGUCUUGGUACCGCCGCUUAGACGACGUCCCGGCAGGUUUCAGCAUCUUUCUCGCUCAUGAGUUCUUUGACGCUCUGCCAGUCCACAAAUUUCAGCGGACAGACAAAGGCUGGAGGGAGGUGCUGGUGGACAUCGACCCAGAGAAGCCGGACCAGCUGAGGUUUGUCGUGGCGCCGUCUCCCACUCUGGCGUCCUCCACGUUCGUACAGGCAGAUGAAAAGCGGCAUCACGUGGAGGUGUGUCCGGAGGGCGGUGCCAUCGUCCAGCAGCUGGCCCGGAGGAUCACAGAGGACGGAGGAGCGGCGCUGAUCGCCGACUACGGCCACGAUGGAACCAAGACGGACACAUUCAGAGGUUUUAAAGAUCACCAGCUCCACCACGUGCUGGCGUCUCCCGGCUCGGCCGACCUCACCGCCGACGUGGACUUCAGCUACCUGCGGAGGGUGGCGGGGGGGGACGUGGCGUGUGUCGGACCCGUCACCCAAAGGCUGUUUCUGAAGAACAUGGGCAUCGACACCCGACUACAGGUUCUUCUGAGGAGCUGCAGCGACCCGUCGACCAGGCAGCAGCUGAUCAGCAGCUACGACAUGCUGACCAACCCCUCCAAGAUGGGCGAGCGCUUCCACUUCUUCAGCCUGCUGCACCCGAGCCGCAUCGCCAAACCCAAGACGUCAGCGGGGCUGAAGCUGGAGAAGAAGAAGAGCCCGGCGCCGCUGCCUGUGGCCGGAUUCGCCGAGCUCAGUUUCUCCUGAGACUUUCAAACCAAAACGGGUCAGAACCGUCUGGAGAUGAUCGGAUCUGUCUGGACGAGGUUCGGGAGCUUCGACGGACAUUACGGAUUAUUUUAGAGACUCUUGAAGCUCCGUCAUUUCAGAUACUUUGAUUCGGAGGAUCGUGCUCACGGGACGAUGGAGUUUUUACAGCUGACAGUAUUCAGACAGGAGGACGGCACAGUGUCUCUAAUCCUUCCUUCCUUCCUCCUUUCCUUCCUCC